AUUUUCGCGCUGUCUCUGGACGCACCUCCGCUUGCUCCGGAAAUGAUUUCCCUGAGUGUGUUAUUGUUGUGAAUGGAGUGAGCAUGGACUCCUGUGAGGUGAAACAUUUCAAGAAUAGGUUGGUCUAGCUAAACAUAUGAUGAACUUUGACGGUCUCGACGCCGGGAUGGGGGACUACUCUCCCAGCCUUCACGGGACUCUGGACGCGGGGCUGGAGCCCUCCAUGGACCCCCACCUCAACCCCACCUUACUGCAGGGUGUGGAGCUCGACCCCGAGGCGCUGGCUGUGACGGUGCCCGAGUCUGUGCACCUGAUGGAGGGGAUGUUUUCUGAGCUACACAGCGCAGUCUCAGAAGUUGGCAUCCCAGUCACAGCAACGCACUUUGAUCUCCAGGAGGAAAUGCUUUGGAUGGGGAACCACAGAGGUCACGCCACCUCCUUCUUUGGACCAACAAUGGGCCGCCAUUCUUCCUUCCAAGUGCAUGCGACGGAUGACAUUCGACAUAUUCAGAGUCUGGAAACAGGCGUGUUGUUCCUGUCUAAGUGCAACCUCAGAUGCCACACUCGCGGGGGCCUUGUCAUGUUUGAUUACCCAAUGGAGGAUGCAGCUGAUAUGCACAGUCUUCUCAUGACUGACAACAACACGUUGCUCAUGGGUGGAUUACAGAACUAUGUGAUUGAAGUUGACUUGAAUACUGUUCAAGAAACUCAAAAAUUCACUGUUGAGGUACCUGGAGUGGCUAUAAUGCGGCAGUCCAGUCGAUUCUUCUUCUGUGGCCACACCUCUGGGAAGGUAACCCUUCGGGACUUGCGCACCUUCAAGAUGGAACAUGAGUUUGAUGCUUUCUCUGGGAGUCUGUCAGACUUCGAUGUUCAUGGAAACCUCCUGGCUGCCUGUGGGUUCUCCAGUAGAGGGCUGAAUGGGUUGGCGUGCGACCGUUUCCUCAUGGUGUAUGACCUCCGCAUGAUGCGAGCUGUUACUCCACUGCAGGUGCACGUGGAUCCCCUCUUCCUGCGCUUCAUUCCUACCUACACGUCACGCCUGGCGAUCAUCUCACAGACAGGUCAGUGUCAGUUCUGUGAGCCCACUGGUCUUGCCAAUGUGGCGGACAUUUUCCACGUCAACACAGUGGGCCAGUUGCUCAUGAGUUUUGACGUAUCGUCCAGCAAACAAGCCCUGGCCUUUGGGGAUUCAGGGGGAUGCGUGCACCUGUGGUCUGACGCACCAGAAGUGUCGUUCAACGACUACUCUAGGGAAACAGAGUUCGCCCUGCCCUGCCUUGUGGACACACUGCCCCAGCUGGACUGGAACCAUGACCUACUGCCCCUUUCUCUCAUUCCCAUGCCGCUGACGAGCACCGAGCCUCUGCUGUCAGACUGGCCCACUGCACUGGCUACACCCAGCCCCAGACGAGCUCCUCCUGUGGAUCCAGAAAUCCUGCGCACUAUGAAAACUGUCGGCUUCAUCGGUUACGCAGCUAAUCCUCGUACCCGCCCCCGGAACCAGGUGCCAUAUAAAAUUAAAGAUGUGGAGCUUGAUUAUGAUAAUUACAACCAGGUCCCUGAAUCACCAAUAGGACGUGAUGAAGAGCCACAUCUCUACAUGGUCCCCAAAAAGUACAGAAAGGUCACAAUUAAAUACUCUAAACUUGGACUAGAGGAUUUUGACUUCAAACAUUACAACAGAACCUUAUUCGCUGGCCUGGAGCCGCACAUUCCCAAUGCCUACUGUAACUGCAUGAUCCAGGUGUUAUAUUUCCUGGAGCCAAUCCGGUGUCUUGUGCAGAAUCAUCUGUGCCAAAAGGAGUUCUGUUUGGCCUGUGAGCUCGGCUUCCUCUUCCACAUGUUGGACUUGUCGCGAGGAGAUCCAUGUCAGGCCUCUAACUUCCUCCGAGCCUUUCGUACCAUCCCCGAAGCUUCAGCACUGGGCCUGAUCCUGGCAGACUCAGACGAGCAAACGGGAAAGGCCAGACUCGGUCGCUUAAUCCAAAGCUGGAAUCGUUUCAUCCUCACCCAGCUCCACCAGGAGACGCAGGAGCAGGAGGGUCCACAGGCCUACCGAGGAGCCAGCAGCAGUUCUCUGGGCUCCUCUGGUGAGUCCAUAAUCGGAAAGCUGUUUGGUUGUGAAGUUGAGAACAGCAGUCUCUGUCGCUGUGGCAAGGAAACGGUGCGCUCAUCCCUCACGUUGCUCUUCACCAUGCAUUACCCUGAACAGAACUCUCAAGAAAAAACUGUGAAGGAGUAUGACUUUUGUGAUAUCCUGAAGAGAAGCAUCUGUCUGGAGCAGAGCACUCAGGCAUGGUGUGAAAACUGUGAGAAGUACCAGCCCACAGUGCAAACGCGCAACAUUAGGUGUCUGCCAGACGUUCUGGUCAUAAACUGUGAGGUGAACAGUGCUAAAGAGGCCGAAUUCUGGAAAGUUCAGGCCGAGUAUGCCUUCAAUAAGGCCAAACAGAAAGAGGCGAUGGAACCUGCAAAACCCAAAGAACCCCCACCCAUGCCCACCGAGUGGUGUUUGGAUGGGGAGGACAUAUGCAGUAUGGAGGGCUUCACCUUUAACACCCGGGCAGAGGAUCUGCGACACGUCUGGAUCCCUCUCACUCUUAAGAUGUCCAUCAGCAAAGGCCAGGGACUGGAGAUCAGCAGCUGGCCUGAGGGAGAGGAGUUAAGCGCUGCUGAAGAGGCAGAGGGCGCUUCUCUCUAUGACUUGGUGGUCACGGUGCCCCACAUCCUGGACGCUCGCACUGGUGGAAACCUGGUCGCACACAUCAAAGUGGGUGAGACCUACCAUCAGAGAAAAGAGGGAGUCACGCACCAGCAGUGGUACCUCUUCAAUGAUUUCUUAAUUGAACCCAUUGACAAGGCUGAAGCUGCACAGUUUGACGUGAGCUGGAAGGUGCCAGCCAUCCUGUAUUACGCCAAGAGAAACUACCACAGCAAAUAUGACCUCCGCAUUAAAAACCCCAUAGAUGCCAGCGUGCUGCUGACGGAGGCCUCGCUGGCUCGGAAGCAGAGGAAGAGUCACGCCACCUUCAUCCCCCUCAUGGUCAGUGAGAUGCCGCAGGCUGGAGACCUGGUGGGGCUCGACGCUGAGUUUGUCACUCUCAAUCAGGAAGAGGCAGAGCUGCGCAGCGACGGCACCAAGUCGACCAUUAAACCAAGUCAGAUGUCAGUAGCCAGGAUCACCUGUGUGAGGGGCCAGGGGCCCAACGAGGGGGUUCCCUUCAUCGACGACUACAUCUCCACCCAGGAGCAGGUGGUCGACUAUUUGACGCAGUAUUCUGGUAUCAAACCAGGAGACCUGGACGCCAAAAUAUCCUCGAAGCAUUUGACCACCCUGAAGUCCACCUACCUCAAGCUGCGCUUCCUCAUCGACACUGGAGUUCGCUUUGUCGGUCACGGCUUGCAGAAGGACUUCCGUGUUAUUAAUUUGCUGGUUCUGAAAGAUCAAGUCAUCGACACUGUCUACCUGUUUCAUCUCCCCCGCAAGAGGAUGAUUUCCCUCAGAUUUCUGGCCUGGUACUUUCUAGAUCUCAAUAUCCAGGGGGAAACCCACGACAGCAUAGAGGAUGCACGCACUGCCCUGCAGUUGUACAGGAAGUACCUGGAGCUGAGCCGUGGAGGUGGGAACGACGAAGUAAGGAAGGUCCUGAAGGGACUCUACGAAAAAGGCCGGCAGCUGGACUGGAAAGUCCCGGAUUCGGACACAGGAGAUGGUCAAGGUAGCCCAAAAAGUGCUGCUGUGUUUCCCUCUGUGAUGGGACUGUGAGCUGCACCGUGACCUUCAUAGAUUUUUUUCAGUUCUCAGUUCAGUUUGUGACACAUUUUAUACUUGUUUGCAUUUAUAUUUGCAUUGUGUACAGUGUGAAUGGAGGUCUGUACAGUCCGGCUUUCAUUACCGAAUCAGUGACCGAACAGUUUCAAACGUGGCCAAAUGUACACUUUCGAUUUCACAAGGGUUUGUAUUUGUAUUUCAUGUUUUAUUUUUAAAAAUAAAAAAAGUGCAGCUUG